AUGGUUAGAGUAUUAGCCAUAGACCCCUCAGGCACGGGAACUAGUGGAAUAUACUUUAAAAAUGGAGAAAAGGAAGAGUUUAAAGAAUGGGCUUUGGAAUGUUUACCAGUUCAGCAAGUAAAUAGUGUAAAUGUUCUAAAAGUUAAAGAACUUACCAAGCAAUUAUUAAAAGGAGUGAAGAAAUUAGAGGGAUUAGAAUAUAAAGUAGGAAGAGGUAAAGGCUGA